UUGUCCGGGGAUCGCCGUCCUUGUCCCCACCGCUUGGGGCAGAGUCCAUUGGAAGGCGCAAGCGCUGGGCAACACGUGUGCAGUGUUCCUGCGCUGUGCGCGCGCUAGUGUCUGCGUGUGUUCUUGAACGUCUGGGUUUAAGUGUUGCUCUUUUUUGCCGAGGGUUGAGUGGGGGCGGGGGGUGUUCACUGGUCUGGCUGCUUGCUUGUAUGCUUCUUUUUUGUAUUUAUCUCUGCAUCUGACUGUGUAUUUCUGAAGGUUUAUGUGUGUCCCUCUGCUGGUGCAUUUCUUCCCAUGCCUGUCCCCUCUCCCCUCUUACCAGGUAGCUUGUCUUUCCCUGGGUCUUUGGGAACACGGUGGAGGUCAGAGAACAACUUGCUGGAGUCUGUUCAUCUUUCAGCGUGUGGGUUCCAGGGAUUGUCAGGCUUGGCAGCAAGUGCCCUUACCCACUGAGUCCCUUAUUUAUUUUAGUUCAUGGUCUCACUACAUUGCCCAGAUGCUCCGCCUCGUGGGAACCUGAGCUAAAGCUACGUUGGAGGCAGACAUCCUUGGCUGCUCCAGGUUAGGAAGAAGAGCCUGCUCUUUCUCCGCCUGCCUCCUGACUUCCCCUCAGCACUGGAGGAUCUGCUGCUGCCCCCACACAGCCUGACUUCAGAGCUAGAGAGUGAGAUCCUCAGAAGAGUCCUCCAGAGUCAGCAGAGGCUGUGUGAUACAAACCCCUUCAUGAGCCGGUACCAGGCAGCCCUGCUGGGUCUAGGCCUGCUGCUUAUGCUUCUCCUGUAUGUAGGGCUGCCUAGCCCCCCUGAGAAGACUUCCCAGCUCUGGAGAGGACCCAAUGUCACAGUCCUGGCUGGUCUCACCCGAGGCAACCCUCAGAUCUUUUACCGGGAGGCUCUGCCUAUCCAGCAGGCACACAGGGCGGAAGUCGUGUUUCUCCAUGGAAAGGCAUUUAAUUCCCACAUAUGGGAGCAGCUGGGCACGUUGCAGCUGCUGUCCAAGAGGGGCUACCGAGCUGUGGCCAUUGACCUUCCAGGUUUUGGGAACUCAGAGCCUUCAACGAAAGUGAACACAGAGGCAGGGCGAGCAGAGCUGCUGAAGCAGGUACUGCAGGAUCUAGAGGUGCAGAAUGCUGUAUUGGUGAGCCCCUCACUGAGCGGCAGCUAUGCCCUGCCCUUCUUGAUGCGAAGACACCACCAGCUACGUGGAUUUGUGCCCAUCGCGCCUACCUCCACACGAAAUUACACACAGGACCAAUUCUGGGCUGUGAAGACCCCAACUCUUAUCCUGUACGGGGAACUGGACCACACCUUGGCGCGAGAGUCACUGCAGCAGCUCCACCACCUGCCCAACCACUCUGUGGUGAAGCUGCACAACGCGGGUCAUGCCUGCUACCUCCACAACCCGGAAGCCUUCCACCUCGCCCUUCUCGCAUUCCUUGACCAUUUGCCUUGAAUGGACUCACUUCCCAGAACUGACCUUGAAGGGUCUGGACCCUCUCUCUCCUCUCCCAGGGAGGCUGGCCCUGAGUGGGAUUGAGGACAGAGGAUCAAGCCCAGCCAGGACUUUUGAUUUAAUUUCACAGGCACAAUAAAGAAAAGCCCUUUUG